GAGACGGAGGAGAUGCUGGAACAGCUCACGAGCCAGAAACAGAUGCUCGUCGCGAAGCAGCGGCAAGUCAAUCUGCUGAUGUCGACAAAGAACGAGUCGCAGGAGGCCUGGCGCGUCGAGUCGAUGGAGCUUGCGAACUUGCAGGCCAACCUGACACGCGAAGAAGGGCAGUACGCGGAGCUCCAGAAGAGGGUGCAGAAGGAGAUUGCACGGCUCACCGACCAGCAGCUUGCUGCCGACAAGCGACUCAGGGAGCUGCAGGCCGCCUACGAGAAGAAGCAGGAGAAGGUGGACCGCCUCCGUGAAGAAGCCGUGUCGCGUGGUGGUAUCGCCAGGAACGCCUCCCAAGAAGCCGACGUGGUGCAAGCCAACCUCGCUGAGGCCGAGGGGCUCGUCACCAAGCACCGCCGCUUGGCCGAGGCUUCUGAGAAGGUCUUCUUGCAGGCUAAGAUGGAUCUGGACCAUGCAGAGAGGCUAUGCCUGGAUUCCGAGCACGAGGUGGCCGAAAAGGACGAGCUCAAGAUGCGUGUGCUGGCUGCCAGAGACUCCCUGCAAGCCUUCUACAACAGCAUGGACAACCUUACACUGUUGCUGGAGGCAAAGGUUAUGGACCCAGAGGCCCAUGCCCACGAGCUGCUCCGCGCCGAGCCGCGAACAGCCACUGCUUUGCACGCCUACAACGACAUGACCGCAAGCUUUAGGCGGCUCUUCGUGAAGUCAAAGGAGACCUAUGAGGUGGUCGCGGGCAGCAUCCCGGAGAUUGAGAGCAACGCCGAAGCUGCGUUGAAACUCCUUUGUGACCCAUUUGAGGCCAUCGAAGAGGAGGCUCUGCGAACCUCCAACGGCACCUACUUUGACGAGAAGUGCGGAAGUGGGCUUUGGAGGUACUUGAAGGUGGAGCGGAAUGCCUUCCCCAACCUGGACGAAACCACAGCGAGGCAGGAAGCGACAGAUCCAGUGGCCACGCAGGCCUCGGCUUCUCAGGAGGUGAAAGCCAUCGACCAGCGAGGAGCGGCGGAAUCGACGCCGCAGUCGCCACGGAUGAGUUUGCCUCCACUGCCAAUGCCUACAGCAGAGCCCGACGAGCCAGAGAUGGGUUUGCCGCCGCCACCCCUGGAAAGAAUGCCUUCGAAGACGACGCCCCUACCCGACGACAUGGACUUGCCCGGCUGA